UUACAAGCAUCGGUGGAUUGAUUCUCCAUAAAGACGACCUCGCUCAACAGAUCAAUAACUCCCUCAAUCAUCUCUACCAGAUAGAUCUCAAAUCUUUUAUGAAGGUCUUUCUCUUCCUUUCGACCUUGGCAGUCACGGCCUUGGCUUCUAGCAGACCUCCAUUCUUUCCCCAAGUCACAAGAUCUAACCAGCAAGAAAAUCAAGAGCUACAAUGCUACGAAUUCCCAUCCUAUGAAGGGAUUGCAUAUAGAUUCAAUGACUAUGCUCCCAGUUUGUCUCCUUUCGACUUUGACAACGUGAUCAGCUCCUGUUGCUUCAAUGGAGUUUGGAUCCUUUACGACGAGCAUGAUUAUAACAAGAACGAUUUUGGUGCUGCAGUUUAUAGCGGAUGGGGUGAAGGGGCUUGCUUCACGUUUGACGCCACCUUUGACGAUAAAGCUUCCUCCCUUCGGUUUGCUGGGGCUCCGGAUGGCUACAAACAAGACACUAUUAACUUUUACGAAAGCAAAUAUUUCAUCGGCGAAGAGCAAUACUUUUAUGACGAUGCUCCCCAAUUCAACUUCGAUAAUUUUGGCCAAUCUGUGAUUGUGACUGGAUGCGCUCCGUGGACCAUUUAUGAAUAUGACAACUAUCAAGGCGAAUCCAUCUGCUUGUACCCAAGUGAUACUACGGAAUGUUAUCCCAGUUUUUACGCAGAACCAACUGAUCUCGGAUUCCUGGCUUCCCAAGUGUCCAGUGCUCGGAAAGGAUGUUUUUCCAAGAAUGAAAAGAAAGGCAAAGCAACUUUCCCAUAGUUUGUCACAUUUUUCAAUUUCCCACGGAAACUGUUAGUUCAAGAAUGUAACUUUCACGGCAACAACCGUUGCUCAAAUGUGGUAAAUAUGUGUUGUAAUAAAGACCGAUAGAGGAAACUUGUA